AUGUCUGCUUUAAGAUUGAAACAGGACCUCGAAAAACAGAUAUUCUUUUUAUUUAUUUUCUAGCAAUGUUGUCUGCUGCAGAGAAACCAGAAUUGGAAAGUGCCCCUUGCUUUUUUGCAGCUUGAUAUAUAUCUAUAAUUUUAACCACGGCCCCCAUGAAGAGGGCGGGGGAAUGCCAAAAAAAAUGCCGUCACUCUUAUUUAAAAAUGAUUUGUUGCAGCUUAGUAAACUCUGUGUGGGUAACUGCUUCCUGUCACUCGACAGAUUCUGCAUGUAAGUUUGACACAUAUGAACGGAUUAUACACUUCCUUCUGUAGUUGCACACCGCAGACAGAGCUGCUGUAUUUCGUCCUUGCACUACAGAUCCAAUGCUUUGACUCUCUGCACAACCUGGACCUAAAGAACAAACCAUUCUUCUGAUGAUCACAAUCAUUUCUUGCAACAGUUGCCGCAGAGACUCUCUUCACUGUGCAUGUAACGAACGUAAUGCACUUACUCAUCACAAAUUCUAGUUCCAUGAACUCCAGCAUAGAAUGCCACUUAGAGGCAGACUUUCAAUAUGGAUUCUUUACAACUAUCUACAGCCUGGUAGUUAUACUGGGAUUGCCAGUGAAUGCAUACGCUCUAUAUUUCCUGUGCCGACGAUCACAGCGUGCUAAACGAUCCAAUGUUUAUUUUGUCAGCCUGUCCGUGGUGGAUACAAUUUUCAUAUGCUUACUGCCAGUUCGGAUAUAUUACCACAACUCGGGUAAUAAUUGGGUGUUUGGAGACGUGGCUUGUCGGAUUACUGGCACUUUAUUUUACUUGAACAUCUACUUGAGCAUUGUUUUUUUUACCUGCAUCUCCUUGGACCGGUACAUGGCAGUUGUGCUUCCGUUAACCUACCUGCGGCUUAAAUACAGCUGUUACCCACGGAUAUUGACGUUUGUUAUCUGGUUGCUGGGCUGCUCCAUUGUCUUGCCUUUGAUUUUUGGAGGACCCCUUGAUAACAUGCCUGAAAACAGCAGCCGGAUUUCUUGCUUUGAGGACUUCUCCCUAAGUAGUUGGCAGAGUCGGUUGGUGCCUUAUAACGUCUGUGCUUUGAUUUUUGGCUUUCUUGUCCCCUUCUCAGUAAUUGCAGUGGUUUUCCCAGUGAUGGCACGAAAAAUAUGCCAAAUUAAGACCAGUGUUCACCGAAAGGUUGCUUUGCAGAUAAUUGGAUAUAUUCUUGCGGUCUCUCUCAUUUGCUUUUUGCCUUACAACAUAACUCAUCUGUUUCAUUUCCUUAUGAGACUUGGAUUCAUUCAAGAGUGUGCGAUUGCCAGACACAUCUACAAGCUACGCCGCAUUACAUUAGCCUUAGUUAGCCUCAACAGCUGUCUCAACCCAGUCCUCUAUUUCAUACCAGUCAUAAAUCGGGGACGGUUAAGCAUUCCAAAUUUAUUUCACUCCAAGAAGGAAUACAAUAUCUCCAACAAACUCACAGAGGCAAAUGUCCAGGUCACAAGUCCAAUCUACCAGCCUAAACCUGGCAUUGUCACUGUGGUUGCUCAAGCAGAAUGGUCGGUGGUGUAAGGAGAUAUAAGGAUGUAUGAUUCAUACCAAUCAUGACGUCUCACCAGAGAUAUCAUCUAAGACAGUGCUUCUAACUGCAAACCAUCCCGGUGCUCUCUCAUCCCAUCACACUCCGAGCUUAGGAAUCAGCAGUACA